ACUGCGCGGGUUUGCGCCGCCAUCUAUUGCGGAGGUUCUUUCUUCUCUAGUUUCUCGAAGCCCAGAGCGGCGCUUGUGCCCCGUGAGACAUGACGAUGAAGGCGGUGUGCGUGUUGAAGGGCGACGGCGCAGUGCAGGGCACCAUCCACUUCGAGCAGCAGGGAAAUGGACCAGUUAUGGUAAAGGGAAGCAUUACAGGACUGGCUGAAGGUGAUCACGGAUUCCAUGUCCAUCAGUUUGGAGAUAAUACACAAGGCUGUACCAGUGCAGGUCCUCACUUUAAUCCUCAAUCCAAAAAACAUGGUGGGCCAAAGGAUGAAGAGAGGCAUGUUGGAGAUCUGGGCAAUGUGACUGCCGGCAAAAAUGGUGAGGCCAUUGUGUCUAUUGAAGAUCCUAUGAUCUCACUCUCAGGAGAACAUUCCAUCAUUGGCCGCACAAUGGUGGUCCAUGAAAAACCCGAUGACUUGGGCAAAGGUGGAAAUGAAGAAAGUACAAAGACGGGCAAUGCUGGAAGUCGAUUGGCAUGUGGUGUAAUUGGGAUCGCCCAGUAGAGAUUACCAAGGAUGUGGUCUGAGUCCUAGUAACUCAUGUUAUCCUGCUAGCUGUAGAAAUGUAACUUGAUAAACAUUAAACACUGUAAUCU